AUGGAUCACAGAUCUUCUGUCGAUUGGGUGUUGCGCGCGAUGUCAGAAAUGGAAGUUGAUGAUACAGGGCCAGUGGCAUCCCUUAGUGAAAAUAAGAAACGUUUCGAAAUAAAAAAGUGGUAUGCGGUUGCUUUAUGGGCUUGGGAUAUCGUCGUUGAUAAUUGUGCUAUCUGUCGAAAUCACAUAAUGGACUUAUGUAUUGAAUGUCAAGCUAACCACGCCUCUGCUACAAGUGAAGAGUGUACUGUUGCUUGGGGUGUUUGUAAUCAUGCCUUUCAUUUUCACUGUAUAUCUCGAUGGUUGAAAACACGACAAGUUUGCCCUCUAGACAACCGUGAAUGGGAACUGCAGAAGUAUGGCCACUAA